AUGGUCGUUUACUCCUUUUACAUCUUCGACCGCCACACCGAGUGCAUCUACAGCAGGAAAUGGACCCCGCGCCCCAUCUCCUCGCACUCCAAGACCACCAGGCCGCAGUCGGCCGCCGGUCUGCCCGUCGAGCCCGAGACUCUUGCCAGCACGCGCAAGGCCCUGUCCAAGGAGGAUGACGCAAAGCUCAUGUUUGGCACCGUCUUCUCCCUCCGGAACAUGGUCAGGCAGCUCGGAGGUGAAGACGACCACUUUCUCUCGUACCGCACCGGCGAAUACAAGCUCCACUACUACGAAACCCCAACCCGCCUAAAGUUCGUCAUGAUCACCGAUACCCGGACAAACAACCUCCGCAUCGUCCUCCACCAGAUAUGGGCCAAUUUGUAUGUCGAGUUUGUCGUCAAGAACCCCCUAUCCCCCGUGGAGCAUCCAGGUGGAAUAGGCGUAGCGAACGAGCUCUUCGAGAUGGGGUUGGAUAGCUUCAUCAACUCGGUGUUCCCCUCAUGA